AUGGUAUCCUUCAAGUCUCUCCUUCUCGCCGCUGUGGCUUCCACAAGCGUGCUCGCCGCUCCCUUCGACUUCCUCGCUGAGCGCGACGAUGGCAAUGUGACUGCUCUCCUUGAGAAGCGUCAGUCGACGCCCAGCUCCGAGGGCUACCACAACGGUUACUUCUACUCCUGGUGGACUGAUGGUGGCGGUUCUGCUCAGUACACCAUGGGUGAGGGCAGCAAGUACUCCGUGACCUGGAGGAACACUGGCAACUUCGUCGGUGGCAAGGGAUGGAACCCUGGAACCGGCCGCACCAUCAACUACGGCGGUUCCUUCAACCCUCAGGGUAACGGUUACUUGGCUGUCUACGGUUGGACCCGCAACCCGCUUGUGGAGUACUACGUGAUCGAGUCUUACGGCACCUACAACCCCAGCAGCGGAUCUCAGCGCAAGGGUAGCUUCCAGACUGACGGUGGUACUUACGACAUUUCCACCUCUACCCGUACCAACCAGCCCUCCAUCGACGGAACAAGGACCUUUCAGCAGUACUGGUCUGUUCGCACCCAGAAGCGCGUUGGUGGCAGCGUGAACAUGCAGAACCACUUCAACGCUUGGUCUCGCUAUGGCAUGAACUUGGGUCAGCAUUACUACCAGAUCGUCGCCACCGAGGGAUACCAAUCUUCUGGAAGCUCCGAGAUCUAUGUGCAGACCUCGUAG